GCAGUUUGCAUUGUGGUGCUGAUGCGAGUCGCUGGGCGUCACAGAGACGCGGCCGGCCUCGCGUCCACCGGCUUUGAAUCUUCGACGGCCGACAAAAUGACGGACCGCGUCUGACUGAGGCACCGCCCUCCUUUUCCACUUUGUCCUCCCACGUGCACGUUCCUGUCAAUCAGUUGGUUUGAUUUGGUUCGCCUCCCCUUUCAGACUCACUCCCCAGCGCGUUAUCGUGUCACCUUUCGUCGCCUCCAAUGCUCCUCUUCGCACGUCUUUGCUUCGGCCCGUCAGGUAUCCUCAGAGCUCUUCAUGCCUCGGCCUUUUUUUAUAAAUCGGGCUUAGCCAUUAAUCUCCCUGUCCGUCCACGCCGCGUCUCCCCGCUGUCCUUCUUUGUUUCAUUUCUUUUAUUGGCGGUUCACAUCAAACACUCGCACCAGAUUGAUUCCCAUGUGAACAAGGCUGCAGUGGGGGGGGCAGGGCCCUCCUUCCCGGGCUUUGAAGCUACUUCACAUCCUGUGGACCCCUCUAAGCUGGACGGACACACACACACACACACACACACACACACACACACACACACACACACACACACACACACACACACACACACACACACACACACACUCCUAUCCUGGUCCACUAUGGAAAAUUCAAUCACUGUCUUUGACUACUAUAUUUCAGAGGCAAAAAUCCCUCAUCUCAAAUACUAAUCACCUGGCACAUGCACAGACAUUAUUCACACCAGCGAAUAUCUUACAUCUUAUAAGAUAAUGCAGCACAACAAAGUUACUUGUUGAACAACAGUUCAAUCUCCUUCCCCACCACAACUGGUUCGUAAAAUAUCUGCAUCUUGUUUGGUCCUGUUCAGAACAAGACUAACAAGUUCAGAAACGGAUGAUGACAUCAUGAUGAAAUGUACAUGACCUAGAAAAUUACAGUUUGGUUUCAGUGCAAGAAAGGCAGCAGUGGAUUUCUCCAAGUAUCUAUUGAAGGGUUUCACCUGCUGUAGCGAAGCAUCCAUGGAUUCUCUGGAUCUAGUGAGUCCGUACCUGUUCAAGCACAGAAGAAGGAACUUUCUGGUUAAGGACAAAAUGCGACCUGCGGACCUUGAUGCUCUGCAUCAUUUUGAAACCCGUCCAACUGACAUCUUCCUGGUCACGUACCCAAAGUCAGGGACAGCAUGGAUGCAGCAGAUCCUGGUCCAGAUCAUGGAUGCUGCUCACCUAGGGUGGGCAGAAGAUGCUACCAACAGGACACAUGUUCCUUGGCUGGAGGAGAGAUCCGUGGACAACCCUUCCAGAGAAAGGCCAGAUCCUCGGAUCUUUGGCUCGCAUCUCCCCCCUGACAUGUUACCUCGGGGAGUGAAAGCUAAUCGAAUCAAGGUCGUGUAUGUUUGGAGGAACCCGAAGGAUAUCCUGGUGUCGCUCUAUCACUUUUCCCACGUUUGGGUGUUGCUGGAAACACCUCAGAGCUUUGAGGGUUUCUUUCAGCAAUUCCUGGAUGGUGACGUUUACAUGGGCUCGUGGUUUGAUCACAUCCAAGAUUAUCACAAAGCACAAGACCAACUGAACAUCCAUUUUGUGCAGUAUGAGAGCAUGCUGAAGGACCUCAGAGGGGAGGUUGUGAAACUUUGUGCUUUCCUGGAAAAAGAUUUGACAGAUGAAGCCGUUGAUCGUGUUGUGGAGGCGUCCACCUUCAAAAGCAUGAAGACCAACCCCAAAGCCAACUACAAGGACUUGGUGGAGACCGGCCGCUACAAGGGGGAAACCAUGCGUAAAGGUGUGGCAGGUGACUGGAAGAAUUUAUUCACCGUGGCCCAGAAUGAACAUUUUGACAAGGUGCUGAAGGAGAAGAUGAGCAACUUGGCGCUGACCUGCGUCUGGGAGAUAAAAGAAUAAAGUUUUCACUCCCCGCCAGCGAUUCUUUUCUCACACUGGUGGAAACCGGCCUCAAUCACUGUCCAAAAUCUUUGGUUCUGCACUCCGUCUCAGUGCCGAUCAGUAGGAUUAGUUAGAAGGGUUGAACUUGAAUUAACCUCGCCUAUGAAAUAAGGCUAUGCAACGAUAUGCUUUUCUGUAAUUUGAAUCAACUUAUUCUUUAACAUAAAGCCAACAUAUAUGAUCAAUUAGCCAUACAAGGAGAGCAAUAGAUCACGAUAGUAGUGUGUGUGCAGGGCCAUAAUCCUGUAUUUAUUCUACUAUCAAAGGCACCUAAUGCUUGUACUCUGUCAAUGUUUUAACCAUUUAUUUCCAGUAACUGCAGCAUCUUUGUUUACCUCUAUUUUCUUGUCACUGAAGAGUUUUGAGUUCAAAGGACUCCAGGAUGAAUACAAGAAUUAUACACGCAUGGUCAUUGUGUUUAUUUUACUCACAUCUCAUUGAUGAGUCGUCAAUAAA